GUUUGUCCGCUCUGAAGCGCCGUCGCCGUGCUGUCACGUGAGCAGGGGGUAGAGCGGGCAUGAUGGCGGAGCCCAUCCAAGCCUGAGAGGCGCGAGUGCGGCAGAUUCAUUAAUCAGGAGGACUUAAAAGAACAUUUAUUGGAAAGACUUCUCAAAGAUGCCUGCUGCCUGUGAUUCGCUGCUUGAAGACAUUGAAGAUAUUGUGUCAGCAGAAGAUCUGAAACCACAUGACCGACAGUUUGUAAGAAAAAGUGUUGUUCCUAAAGUGAGAAAACGCAACUCGCAAAAGAAUGUUCAGGCAGAUGACGAUCCCCCAAGCGACAGCAUUAUUCCUGGUGUACAGAAAAUCUGGAUACGUACGUGGGGUUGCUCUCAUAACAAUUCAGAUGGAGAAUAUAUGGCUGGACAGUUGGCUGCUUACGGAUACAAAAUUACAGAGAACUCCACAGAAGCAGACUUAUGGCUGCUGAACAGUUGCACGGUAAAAAGCCCAGCUGAAGACCACUUCAGAAACUCAAUUAAGAAAGCCCAAGAAGAAAACAAGAAAGUGGUUUUAGCUGGAUGUGUCCCACAAGCCCAACCUCGUCAAGACUACCUAAAAGGCCUAAGCAUCAUAGGGGUUCAACAAAUAGAUCAUGUAGCACAAGUUGUGGAGGAAACUAUUAAAGGUCAUUCUGUGAGACUCUUGGGUCAGAAAAAGGAUAAUGGAAAACGGUUGGGGGGAGCGCGAUUGGAUUUGCCAAAGAUUAGGAAGAACCCGCUGAUAGAAAUCAUUUCCAUCAAUACAGGAUGUCUAAAUUCAUGUACAUAUUGUAAAACGAAGCAUGCCCGAGGAGACCUAGCAAGUUAUCCAAUUGAAGAGCUAGUGGACAGAGCCAAACAGUCUUUUCAAGAGGGUGUUUGUGAGAUAUGGCUGACCAGUGAAGACACAGGGGCUUAUGGCAGAGACAUUGGCACAGAUCUCCCUACACUUCUGUGGAAGCUGGUUGAGGUUAUCCCUGAGGGAGCUAUGUUGAGACUUGGCAUGACAAACCCCCCCUAUAUUUUGGAGCAUCUGGAGGAAAUGGCAAAGAUUCUCAAUCAUCCGAGAGUCUAUGCUUUCCUCCACAUACCAGUUCAAUCUGCUUCUGACAGCGUGCUCAUGGACAUGAAAAGAGAAUACUGUGUGGCAGACUUCAAACGGGUAGUGGACUUCCUUAAAGAAAAAGUGCCUGGAAUAACAAUUGCUACAGACAUCAUCUGUGGUUUCCCUGGGGAGACUGAUGAAGAUUUUCAAGAAACAAUGAAACUUGUAGAAGAGUACAGGUUUCCAAGCCUCUUUAUUAAUCAGUUUUACCCACGACCAGGAACCCCUGCUGCAAAAAUGCAUCAACUUCCAGCCUUAGUGAAAAAGCAAAGAACAAAGGAUCUAUCCCAGCUGUUUCAUUCAUACCAUCCUUAUGAUCACAAGGUUGGCGAGAGGCAGAGAGUUCUGGUAACAGAAGAAUCUUUUGAUUCCAAGUUUUAUGUUGCUCACAAUCGAUUCUAUGAGCAGGUUCUUGUGCCAAAGGAUCCUGGAUUUGUAGGUAAAAUGGUAGAAGUGGACAUUUAUGAAGCAGGAAAACAUUUUAUGAAAGGGCAGCCAGUGUCAGAUGCCAAAGUGUAUACCCCAUCCCUCACCAAACCGUUCGCAAAAGGAGAGGUUUCUGGUGUAACAGAGGAGCUUAGACAUGCACUGAAGAAUGGCACAAAUUUGAAAACAUGCCCUUCUGUUGGGACUCAAGAAAAAACAUCAUUGUGCUGCAGGAUGGUGAUGCAAAUUCCAUGGCAACAAAGAGGACGUGGACUAAAGAUACUGUCUAUGAGCCUGGCUUUACUGGCAGUCCUUGUUACGUUUUACUAUGGAGGUGUAUAAGUAGACACUGAACUGAAUGAUGCUUUUAUAAGGAAAACUAUAUUGCUGAUUAAAAUCUUCAAAAGAAAUGUAUGUAAAAAUGUGUCUUAAACUUUUAUAAAUUGGGCAAUAAUUUCUACUUUCCCUUUGCCCUUCCUUUCAUCUGCAGCUGGAGUCAGGUUCAUCCUGCCAUUAUUUGAGUUUUUUGGUGGUUGUAGCAAAAACAAGGUAGUGGUUUCUCAUCUCCGCCUUUUCCUCUUCUAGAUUGUAUUUCAUUUUAAAAAGAGAGAGCCAUUUGCAUCUAUUAUAUUUUUUGUAUCUGCUGAAAUAAAAAAGUGUGUAAGAAAUCAA